UAAAGACUUUUUUUUAUAGGUAUCAGCCUGAAUAUUAUUAUCAGGGUAUUUUGUUAUAUGGAUUUUAUUAAUGAACUUAAAUUUGGUAUAGUGCAAAAAUGUGGAAAACAUUUUCUUGGCAAGAUGAAGUUUUUAUGGUAAAUAUGGAAAAUGUGGAAGACCAAAUGCAUACAAGUGUAACCAAUUUAAAGACCAUUUGGUUUAAAAUAUUUACAAUUGAGGAAAUGUCAAAGAAGUUUAUAGAAUGUAAUCCCAGAAUUGAAAAAACAGAUGACAAAAAAUUAUUGGAUUUAAUUUUAAAACUAUUGAAUAACUUAGAAACUUCAACCAUAGAAUGCAAAUAUUUAAAAGAAAGCUUAAGUUUAACAAUUGAAACUAAAUUAUCUGAUGUGGACAUCAACUAUAAAUUUGAAUUCAUAUUGGAUAUAGGUGACAAUAAAAUGGUAAGUUGUUUUUUGCAUAAUAAUAAGUUCCACUUUUGUGUCAAGUUUACAGAGAAGGUAACUUAUCCUAUGAUAACAACAAUAAAAUAUUUGGAAGAUCAAAAUAAGUUAAUAACAAAUUUACUGGAAAAAAAGGAUAGAGAAAUUGAGGAAUAUAAAAUAGAAUAUGGAAAUAUUAGUAGACAUGACUUGGUAACAGAAAAAUACACACCUUUUAAUAAUGAUAACCAAAAAAUACUAUUAAAUACUUUUGGACAGUCGAAGAAAUUUUGGACUAAUUUUAUUAAUAAAUGUACACAUUCAAAUAUUGAAGUAAAUGAAAUUAAAACAGAACCAGAGCCCAAAAAGAAGAAGUUGAAGAUUUUUAAUAAAAGCAAAAAAACAAAGGGUUUAAAUUUUCAUUAAAAAUUUAUUGAAAUAAAC